AUGGACAUCCCGCCUUUAGCAUCAUCAGCUGAUUUGACUCAGGUACCACCAUUAGAUGAUAAUAUUAUCUCAACUCCAACUCAUGAUUUUCAGAGGGAGAUAAUUAAUGGUAUAGAAAAUAAUGAGGUUACAUUGAGUAAUCAGAAAAAUUUAGAUAAUAUGGAAAUUGAUAUAAAUAAAUCAAAUAUCAAUAAUGAUAUAAAUACCAGUAAUGAAGAUAAUAGGAAAUCUAAUGGAGAGCAUAUUCAGAAUGAUCAACCUUCUACGGGUGAGGCAGGGAUACGUCCUAUAAAGUCAGAGAUUGAAGAAGAUGAAAAAUGUUCAGAUAUAAGUCAAAAAAGUAUGGAGCAAGCUGCGAAGAGACAAAAGAGUAGUAGCAAGUCUAAAAAGAAGACUUAUAAUCCACGAGAUUUUCAUACGCCAAAAAUGCAUUCUGAACAAUAUAUAACUAGAUCAGGAAGAAAAAUAAAAACACCAGAAAAAUAUGAAGAUGAAAUGUAUAUUGAACAAAUAUAUACAAUUGCUGAUAAAAUAAAUUUUAAUGAUAAAUGUUGGAUUGAUGCAAGACAAGAAGAAUUAGAUAGAUUUAAAAAUCUAGAAGUAUAUGAAGAAGUACCAAUUCCAACUAAUAAGAAAAUACUUACAUGUAGAUGGGUAAAUACCAUUAAAAAUGAUUCAUUGAAGAAAAUGAAAUAUAAAUCAAGAUUAGUUGCUAGAGGAUUUACACAGAGAGCAAAUCAUGAAUUUGAUUGGACAGAACUAUAUGCUCCAGUUACUACUUUAACUAAUAUAAGAAUAUUAUUAAACUUAGCAAUUAAUAAAGAUUAUAAAAUAAAUCAUUUAGAUAUAAAAUGUGCUUAUUUAAAUUCAAAAAUUACAAGCCCAGAAGAUAUUUAUAUGUAUGCACCAAUUGGAGUUUCCAUCAGACCAAAUUAUUGUUGGAAAUUGAAAAAGGCUGUAUAUGGCUUAAGACAGCUGGGUUGGUGUUGGUAUAAAAUGUUAAGUAAAAUAUUAAUUGAAGAAUUAAAAUUUAAAAUUGUUGAUGUUAAUCAAACAGUAUUCUUAAGGGAAGAAAAUAAUGAAAUAAUAAUAAUUUCAAUUUAUGUGGAUGAUAUAUUUACAGUAUAUUCAAAUGAUAAAAUUUAUAAUAAUUUUACAAGUAAUUUAAAGAAUUUUGUUGAAUUUAAAGACUUAGGAUUAAUUUCAGAAUUCUUAGGUAUUCAAUUUGAACAUACAAAUAAUAAAAUUAGAAUACAUCAACCUAAGUUUUUACAAGAAUUAAUUAAUAAUUGUGAUGUUAAACAUCUUGAUAAGAAAUAUAUACCUAUAAUUAAAGAUAAUGAAAAGGUGAAGGGAAGUAAAGUUUCCGUAUUUUAUGAAAAAGAGCAAGAUACAAAUUUAUUAAAUGAUUAUGAUAAAAGAAAAUAUCAAUCUAUAACAGGAUCAUUAUUAUGGGCAGCAAACAAUACUAGACCAGAUAUAUGUUUUGCUGUAUUCGUAUUAGCAUCAAAAGGUUGUAAUCCAACCAUAAAAGAUUUGGACAAUGCAUAUUAUUGUUUGAAAUAUAUAAAUCAUACAAUUGAUUUUGGAAUUGAAUAUAUUAAAAGAGAUCAUGUUUAUACUGAUAAAUUAUUAAACUCAGAAAUUGAAAUAUUUGCAGAUGCAAGUUUUGCACCAAAAAGUGAUAGACAUUCAGUAUCAGGAAAAAUAAUAUAUAUUGAUAAAAAUUUAAUAUCAUGGAAUUCAAAGAAACAAAGAAUUACAGAACUUAGUACUGCUGCUGCUGAAAUGCAUAGUUUAACACUUGCAGUUGAAGAAGCUAUAAAUAUUAGAAAAUUUUUAAUAUCAUUGGAAUGUAAUGUAAAAGAUUGUAUUGCAAGAACUGAUAAUUCAGUAGUAGCUCAAAACUCAAAUAAUAUUAAUGCUAGACAUUCAAAGAAAAUUAUAGAUACAAAUCUAAGUUAUAUAAAAGAUUUAGUAUUAGAUUUGAAAAUAUUAAAAGUAAUUUGGAUUCCAUCGAAAGAAAAUUUAGCUGAUAUUUUUACUAAAGCAAUGGGCAAAACUCAAUUUGAAGAUUUGAAAACAAGAUUAUUACAAAAAGAUUCAUAUCAAGAACUAUUAUAUUUAAUUCAAAUGGAUUUACAUGAAUUUGUCUUUCAUGAUAAUCUAGACAAAAAGGGAAGUGUUGAAAAUCCAUUAAUGACACAAAAUGAAAUAUGA